AUGAAAAAAGAUGUUUUUUCAUAGAGUGCAUUAUCAAACUGUGGAUUACAGAGCACAAUGGCAUGCAGGACGUGAACUUGCACUGGUUAGAUAAGGGCCAGUAAACAGAGAUGUGACUGCUGUCUGGGGAGCCCCAGAGCUGCAGACAGACAGAACCAGAGAAGUUAUACCAAAGAAACAUGAAUCUCCCACUAUGAGAAACACACUCCUGAGUUAGAGGGAUCCAGUACAGCCAUUUUCCUACUUUUGUUAGUAUAUUUGUGUGUGUGCAAUUAAACAAAUGCAUCCGUCCUCCUUACGGGUGUGUUUACCACUUAGAUGUUUUCUCCCUGACUUUGCUGCCCUGACCCAGAGAUCUCUCCCUCCUGCAGGGGGCCAGACCCACCUGUGCCACAGGACAUCUGGCAGUAGCCUCCAGGAAGACACUGGGAUCUGCCUUUUUCCCAUUGCUGGCAAGCAUUUCCCUCUGGUGAAGCUGCUGUGGUGAGGCUGGGUGGUGAAGCAACUCUCCAGGGCUUUAGUUUCAUGGUUUGUGCUGGCCAGGAGGUGUGUGUCCCACUGCCGUGUGUGCCCAGCUCGGAGCACGGCUUCUCCCUGUGACUCACAAGCCCAGGCAGAUUGCAGCUCCGGAGAUAAGUGGUUUAAUGAGCCUCAGCAGCAGGCAGAUGCUGUGAGGAGAGUAUCACAGAGCUUUAAGGAGUCCUCCUGCUGUCUCACAUACAAGACUUGGUUUUUGAAGUAACCAGGAAGUACGGAAUGUUCCUGGGUAAUUUAAUCUCUAAUACAACCCAUCGUUGUUUCAUUGGUGUACAAUUCUUGUCUAUGGGACUGCUUCUCUUUGGUUUUCUGCUUGUUUCCUAGCCUCAUAAAGCUCCCCCUGAUGCCACGUGUCUGUGUCGCAACAGUUACUCAAGUGUCAAGAUUUCCUGAUGCUGAACAUAUCACAGGCACUGCUGUGCUUUUGGUUUGUGCCCACUUGUCCAGCUUGUCAUCUCAUUUCAGAUCUGACAUGCCAGUGUUCAGCUUUUCUUCAGCCUUGGAGUCUCAGCCUUGCUCUGCAGGACAGCAGGACUCACUGUAACUUAGUGACUCUGCUCCCUUGUGCUCGUCCAGCCACACGGUUCCAGCAGUCUCACCAGCAACUGGCACAGGUCUCAGCUGUUUCAUGUAGCUCAUUCUGGGUGUGUAAAUGAUGUCAGAACACCUCGACCCCAUUCCCAGAGGUAAAAGGGAUUUUAUCCCAGGGUCUUUCCCCAUGGAAGUCAGCACUUCUACUACCUUGCAGUUCCUGUGCUGGAGGAGACAGUGACACUCCUAACUCACCUGUUAGGGUACGUUUGUAUGGCAGUGCUAAAACAGCAUGAGUGAGGAAGCCAGGGUAAGCUGCACUCCACUUUCCCAUGACAGAGAGAACCACAGAAGCCUCUAUCAUUAUUAAUAAGCAUCAGAGCAAAGUCGUCAAAGCAAUGCCACACACAUAACUCAGCUGAGCUGGAAACUUCUCAGUUCCAUGACCAGUUACUUGCAGUAGUAAACCCCUGACUUAGGAUAUUGUAAUGCAGAGUAGGAGACACUGAGGAAAUGGUAAAACACACUUGUGUGUGAGGAGUAUAUGAAAUACCUGGGGCAAAAAACAGACCAAGAAGAGAAUUUCUGCCCUGGCAGUGUGAGCCAGGCAGCCCAGCUGGCAGCCCCACCUGUGCCAAGACUCUCUGCCUGGGAUGCUCUGCCAUCAAAACAUGAGCUGCUUGGAUGAUGCAAGUGUGCAGCUCACACUGCAGCUGCACAUCGAGCUACCUGCACUGAAGGUAUUGCUCAACCACAUCCACAGCUCUUUUGAAAGCCACAGCUCUGUCCAAUGCCAGCCCUGGCUUGUUUGUCCUCCCUGCUCAUUUGCUGGAACUCCCUCAUGCUGUCCUCUGGUCACCUGUAAGGACAAACAGGGAUAAGUGGAGUAGAGGAACAGGGCAUCAGUGCAGAUUUUUGUGCCACAGAGAUGCACAGCAGGGGACAGGAUCCAAAUAUUUGCUCGUUUCACCCAUGUUUCUCACACUUAGAUCAAAACUAAGUUGUUCUUCUAUCUCACAGCUAUAUUUUGUGCUGCUGCUCCUAGAAAUCAGUCACUUCUCAUUGGUCUCCUGGAGGUCCUGCACUGGGGUGCAGGCAGUGCACUUGGUCUGGAGGUGGGGUGUGCAUGUACCCCCCUUCCUGUCAGUCAUACAGCCCUGGGUACUCCCAGCAAACCCUAGCCAGCGGGAGGGCCCAGCCUGCUUGUAUGGACAGUCGAGAAAGUGAAGUGUUUUAGUUCCUGGCAAACAACCUGAAGGCAAAAUCCUUCCUGUGUGUCUCCUGUGUUACAUCUGGACUGGCCAUUAUCAGUCCUUGUCCUGGUCAUACCCUCCUCCAGGCAUAACCCCAACUCUGCACCCCAGCAGUCCCUAUCCCCAUCCCAAGGAGAUCCCAGACAUAGGCACCCUGGUCCUUAUGAGAGAAGAGGGGCUGGAACCAACCCCCCCAGGACACCUUCAGCCCAGACACAGAUGCACAGCACAGCUUUCCUUGAGCAUUGGAGGGGACAGCUGCGGAUACCCCAGCAAGAGUGAUUUGGGUGUGUAUGUGCGUGCACAUGUGUGUCUGUCUGUCGGUCUUUUGUCUUUCUGGGUGCCUGCCUGACUCUCUCUCCACCUGCCCAUUUCUGCCUGCUUCCUUCCGUCUCUCUUCCUUUCUGCCUCUUCUUGCCAGUGCAUCUGUGUGUCUCUCUGAGCGGCUGCUUGCCUCUUUGUCUCUCUGGCUCCGAGCAUGUGGACGUGUGUGCCUCACUGUGAAUGCACUUGACCCUUUCUGCAUGUCUCUGCAUCCAUCUGUCUCUUUGUGUCUGUGUGACCUCGUCCAUAUGCCUGUGUAUGUUUGCAUGCUCCUUCUGCGUCCGUGUGACCCUCUAUUCCCCACACACAUCUCCCCCCACAUCCAGCCAUCCGUCCGUCUAUCCGUCCGUCCCGCCCGCUGCCCCGCCCGCUGCCACAGCCCUUCAGCACCGCGGCGCACGGACAGCUCCUGUCUCCUCCUGCCGCGGCGGCACCGCGCACCGCACCGCACCGCACCGCACCGCACCGCACCGCACCGCGCACCGCACACCGCACCGCACCGCACCGCACCGCACCGCACCGCGCACCGCACCGCACCGCGCCCCCUCCCCGCCGGAGCGCUCCGCCCCGCGCCCCCUCCGCGCCGCGCUCCGCCCCGCCGUACAUAAGCGCCGGCACCGCCGCCGGUCCCCCUCCACCGCCAUGAGCUACAGCGCGGAGCCGGCGGCGCUGGCCGCCUCCUAUCGCCACCUCUUCGCGGAGGCCCCGCGGCGCCCGGAGAUGCUGGCGGGCCGGUGGGCGCGCCCGGGCGCGGAGCCGGAGGCGGUGUGGGAGCGCGGCGCGGAGCCGAGGCGGGCGCGGGGCAGCGAGAAGGAGCAGCUGCAGGGCCUCAACGAGCGCUUCUCCGGGUACAUUGAGCGGGUGCGGGCGCUGGAGGAGCGGAACCGGGCGCUGGCGGCGGAGCUGGCGGCGCUGCGGCAGCGCUCGGACGAGCCGCGCCGGCUGGGGCAGCUGCUGGGCGGGGAGCUGCGCGCCCUGCGCGCCCGGCUGGAGGAGGCGCACGGGGAGCGGGCGCAGGCGGCGCUGGAGCGGGCGCGCCUGGCCGAGGAGACGCAGCGGCUGCGGGCGCGCUGCGAGGAGGAGGCGCGGAGCCGCGCCGAGGCGGAGCGGGCGCUGCGCUCCCGGCAGCAGGCGGCCGAGGCGGCCUCCCGAGCCAGCGCCGAUCUGGAGCGGCGGGCGGCGGCUCUGCAGGAGGAGCUGGCGGCGCUGCGCAGCGCCCACGCCGAGCAUCUCGCCGAGCUGGGCGCCGCGCUCCCGGCCGCGGCCCCGCCGCCGGCCCCGCGGCCCGAUCUGGCCGCGGCGCUGCGGGAGCUGCGCGCUCAGUACGAGGCGCUGGCGGCCCGCAACCUGCAGGCGGCCGAGGACUGGUACCGCGCCCGCUGCGCCCGCCUGCACGAACGGGCGGCCCGCAGCCAGGAGGCCGUGCGCGCCAGCCGCCGAGAGGCCGGCGAGUGCCGCCGCCAGCUCCAGGCGCGCCUGGUGGAGAUGGAGAGCCUGCGCGGCGCUCACCAGUCCCUGGAGAGGCAGCUGCAGGAGCUGGAGGAGCGGCACAACGCCGAGGCCGCCGGCCUGCAGGACACCAUUGGACAGCUGGAGGAUGACCUGCGAAACACCAAUGAGAUGGCUCGGCACCUGAGGGAGUACCAAGACCUGCUCAAUGUCAAGAUGGCCCUUGAUAUCGAGAUAGCUGCCUACAGGAAGCUACUGGAGGGAGAGGAGACCCUCUUCAACAUGGGAAGUGGUGGCCUUCCAUCUCUCAAUUCCCUCCCCAGCCCCACUUACUCCUUCCAGCCAAAGAGCUUUAGUUCCUCUACUCUGUCCUUCAAAGAGGAGGAGCAAGGAGAGGUUAUUAAAGUGACCUCUAAAAUAUCAUCCAGCAGGGCUGAGGUGAUUGAGGGGACCAUAACCUCUGUCAAGAAAAGAGGGAGGUUAAACCUGCAUGGAGGAAUCCUUGCCAAUGCAAAGAUGUAACCAUCAGGACCCUGUUCACAAGCAUUUGAGGGGGAACAGUCUCCACUCGGCCUUGAAAUUGCUCCUCUGGGCACAAAGCCACACUGGGCUCGCAGGAAGCCUCCCUUAAUAACACAAAACCCCCCCAGGGACACCAACCCAGGGAUGGCUUCCUUGCAGGUCCUGCCACUCAGAGGCCGAGCUUGGCACAUUGCUCCCUUUUAAAUGGGGUGGGGGCACACAGGACAGGUAGCUAGAGAUGCAUGUUGGUCAUUGUGGUGGUGGCACAUGGACUCGUAACACGCUCCCUCCCUCCUCCUGCGGCAGGCGAAGGGCAGCCAGCUGGGAAGGCUGCUGAUCCAGCUCUCCGGGGAGGGGAGGGAAACAACUCAACAUGUUUACUGUAGUAGUUUCAUCAAUUAUCCAAAUCCAUGUACAGCUAAACUCUACCCCACUCCUCAAACUGUAGCCACCCACUUUUAACCCUAGAAGCACAGGAAUAGCCAUACUGGACUGUAACCGCACCUGACAUCUGAUCUCAGCCACGUAUGUUUUGAACUAUAGGGAAUGUUACUCUUUCUUUGUACUGACAAGUCUUGUUUUCUGACAGCACUAGUCAAGCCAGGCAUGUGGGGUGUAUAAGCAGCAGGCACAGGGCAGAGAACUGCUACACUGGAGGUGAAGGCACCACCAUGCUGCGGGGUGCAGCACCUCAUGUGGUAUCACUGUAUCCCAAAUAUGAGGGUCUGAGCCUUGUUAGGCUGCACAGCCUUCACAUGAAAACCCUGUGCCUAGAUUAGCAUCGUGCCCCAGCCAGCACUGGGAAGCUGCAGGACUCCUGAACACCAGCCCGCAAAGCAUCCUUGUCUCCGCUCUAACUGUUCCAAGGUGUGCCAAAUUUGACAUAGGAUUUAACAACCAUAGGUUUCCUUCAAUGCCUUAAAUUGCCAGCGAUCGCUUUUGCAAGAGCCGGAGACGCCGCGCGUUGUGUGUCAGUGCCCUGCAGGUUAUCAGCACCAGCCCUCGCUGCCCUUGCGGUGCUGCCAGAGUAGUUCCUGGAACCAGCAAAUUGUUUGCUCGCACUCUUUCCUCUUCUAUUGUAAGGCACAAGUUAAUAAUUAAAAAAAGAAAUAGUUGUGUGGAUCAAA